AACUGCAACAGAUGACUAUGGGAAAGCAGUGAUGGUAUCACCUAUGUAUGGUGCCUUUGGUGCUGAUUGUGAAAUCAGUUUCUGGGUGCACAAGAAGACAUUUUCAUACCUGACUUUGUACAUGGUUCCUCCAGGACAGAGUCCAUACGAUGGCCAGCGUAUUCAAGUGUGGCAAGUUUCAGCAGCUCUGGGCAGUAACUGGACCAGUGUUACAGUUGGUCUAGAUGCACACCCUCCAGGCUACAGACUUGUUUUUGAAGGUAUUUUACGUUCAGUUGAUGGUGACAUUGCACUUGAUGAUAUUUCGUUUAGUGACAGCUGUGCUGUUGGCACAAGUACAGAGUUCUGUGCAGCAGGCCAGCUCCAGUGUAACAAUCAAAUCUGUGUAGAUGGGACCACAGUUUGUGACUUUAGUAAUGACUGUGGAGACAACUCAGAUGAAAAGAAUUGCUCUAGCUAUGUUGAGCGUUGCAACUUUGAGGUGGAUUUGUGCAAUUGGAUUCAGGAUCAGACAGAUGUAUUUGACUGGACCAGAAAAUCAGGGUCUACCACCACAGCAGGCACUGGCCCUGACAGAGAUCACACAUUAGGCACUGAGACUGGAACAUACUUGUACUUAGAGAGUUCUAACAGAAAAGCUAAUGACACUGCCAGGUUAAAAAGCCUAAUUUUCCAGCCAGCAUCAGAAGGUCAGUGCUACAUGCGAUUCUUUUAUCACAUGUUUGGGAAGGACAUCAAUGCUCUUAACAUCUACAUAGAAGGAGCAGAACAAGGCUCGAGAGCACUGCUGCUGUCUAUUCAUGGUCAACAGGGUGAUGAGUGGCGCAAGACCAUCCUCAGCAUUGUUAGUGCAUAUAACUUUAGGGUUGUGAUUGAAGGGACAACAGGGGCCAGUGACCUUGGUGACAUAGGCUUGGAUGAUAUCUCUUUCACACCAGGCUGUCGUCUGGCAGUAGGGGCAAGUCUGCCACCAGUCCUCCCAACCAACACCAGUCAAUGUCCUGCAGGAACAUUUUUUUGUGCACCAUAUAUACCAUGCCGCUCAAAUAUGUUUCUCUGUAAUUUCAACUCUGAUUGUGUAGACAGCAUAGACGAAACCCAGUGCCCAUCAGCUUGUGAUUUUGAGACACAUUAUGUCCCUAUGUGUGGGUGGACCAAUCAACGUGAAGGAAAUGCAGCAAACUGGAUUUUAAGAAAUCCUAUUUCUUCAGCUUACCCCAAAGUAGAUCACAAUCCAGGGACACCUUUUGGGCACUUUGUUGGUGUCACAAUUCCAAUCACCCAGUCCUUGAGUGCCAAUUCAUGGCUUGUGUCUCAAGUUUAUAGAAAUUCAGGUCCUUCAUGCAAAUUUAAAUUCUGGUACUUGCACAGUGGCAGUACAGUCAUUAACCUGGUUCUAUUUGUUAGGUCUGGUGGUGCAGAUCAACAAAUCUGGGCACUGCCCUCCCCUCGACCCACACCCAAUGUUUGGCACAAUGCUACUGCCUUGAUGCCUUCUUGUGUCUCAGAAUUUCAGCUUGUGUUUGAGCUGCAAGGACUGAGCAAUGGUUAUGCUGCUCUUGAUGACUAUUCCUUCCAGAACUGCGGAUUACCUUCCAUGAGUUCUUCUCCUCCUGUCUGCAAUAAAUUAAGUGAAUUUCAGUGUGGCAAUGGGCAGUGCAUACCCAAAGGCCAAGUAUGCGACAUGCAGUCAGACUGCUGUGACAAUUCUGAUGAGUCUCCUUACCAGUGCUAUGCAUAUAAAAAAAUCGAUUUUGAGCAGGGCUUGGAUGGUUUUAUACAGCUGACUGAUGACAAUUUUAAUUGGACACGUCAUCGGGGUCCAACAGAGACAUCAGGGACAGGUCCCUCACAAGAUCACACAACUGAUUCUACAUCUGGAUACUAUUUAUAUAUUGAAUCUUCCCCUCCACAGCAGAUGAAUGACAAAGCCCGUCUAGCAUACAAUCUACCAGCACCCACUCCUGGCUUUUACUGUAGCAUGCGUUUGUGGUACCACAUGUAUGGAGCACACUCAGGGAGCCUUAACAUUUAUAGUCUAGAUGCAGCAGGUAACACUAUCCCUUACCAAACCCUGGCCCUAGACCAUGGCAACCAAUGGUUGAAAUCAGAAGUCACUUUUGAUGCACAGCUUCCUUUCUCAGCAAUCAUUGAAGGAGUUGUAGGGGUGGGACAACUGAGUGACAUAGCAAUUGAUGAUGUCUCUUUCACACCAGGAUGUGGCAUAGGAUCACCUACUCCUCCUCCAACACUAUCUACAACAGUGACACAGUCCUCUACUACCUCACCUUUCCCACUUUGCCAGGCUGGUCAGUUCCAAUGUGCAUCCACUGGCAUUUGCAUCCCAAAAGAAAAACAGUGUGACUUUAACACAGACUGUCCUGAUAACAGCGAUGAAAUGUCAUGUUUCACCAUUGGUACCUGUACUUUCUCAUCCUCUGUCUGUGGGUGGACAGAAUACAUUCCAGAUUCAAUGGACUGGCAGCGUGUGAGGCCUAGCGAUAUUCACAAUGUCACAACUUCCCCACAAAAAGAUGGCGAUGGGUCAAGCAAUGGCUAUUUCUGUACUUACAGGACACUCAAAAUGGUAACACCAAUGGCCAGACUCAGCACUACAUCAGACCAGUGGGUCACAGAAAUUGUUGGAAUUGACCGAAGGAAAGACAAGUUCUCUCUUCAGUUUGAACGUUUAGAGUUAUCAAACAUGUCAGGCACUAUUGCCAUUGAUAACAUUGAGUUUUCUAACUGCGGACUACCAAUGCCUGUUUCAGCGUGUCAAGCAGACUUCUUCACUUGUACAAACCAUGCUUGUAUUGACAACAAUCUCAUCUGUGAUCACAUGGAUGACUGUGGGGCUGAUUACAUUGAUGACCAGCAAGACUGGUCACUGUACAAAGGAAACAAUGCACCUGGCCUUCCCACCAUGGACCACACAACAGGCACACAGAAUGGACAGUACAUCUACCUCUGGGCCUCCAGCAUAACUCACUUUGGUGACAGAGCAUGGCUGAUAUCUGUACCCUUCCAAGCCUCUACCUCAGACAAACCUUGUUCACUCCACUUCUUUUACUAUAUUUAUGGCAACAGUGGACAUCAGAUCAACAUCAUGUAUCGUACACAUCGCAAUGGACCAGCAGACAAAGUGGAAUGGUCAGUGAGUAGCAGCUAUGGAGCCGUAUGGCAGAGAGCAUCCGUACGGAUUAGUGUCUCCCAGCCAUUCCAGGUCAUCGUCGAAGGUCAGCUAAGGGGCAGCAGCUAUGGUGUAGCCAUUGAUGACCUUUCCCUCAGCCCUGGCUGCUCUGUCAGUGACAGUCCACUGCCAGCACUACCAGUAACCCCACCCACCACACCUCCUCCAGCCUGUACAAGCAACCAGUUCUUAUGUAUCAUCAACAAGAUGUGCAUCAGCAACAGAAGUCGAUGUGAUGGUGUCAGUGAUUGCCCUGACUCCUCAGAUGAACUGGGUUGUGGCUGCAGCAGUGACACAUUUGCCUGUGAUAAUGGUGCAUGCAUCGAUUUAGACAAAAAAUGUGAUGCAGCCAAUGACUGUGGUGAUGAGAAUGCAUCAGAUGAAAAAGAUCCUAGCUGUACCAAUUACUUGCGCUUCAAUUUUGAAAGUUCAAGUUUUGGUGAAUUUACCAAGGUCACACAGGCACAGAAGAUAAGACUGACUGGCAGAUUGGGCAAGCAAGCAGCAUGUCAUUCUCAGGACUUCCACAUACGGACCACACCACUGGGAAAUCUUCCGGACAUUUCUUGUUUGCAAGGUCUCACAACCCUGGAGACACAGCCUGGCUCAUUUCUCGACCAUUUGGAGCAACAGCAGGACAGAACUGCCAGAUGAAGCUUUUCUUCUACAUCUUUGGCAGCAGUGUGCAUCAUCUCAGCAUCCUGUACCGCACACACAAUGCUGGGCCUCCUGAUGGGCAGAUCUGGACAAGUGCUGGUCAGCAGGGCCCCAAAUGGCUGGAAGCAUCACCCCUCAUCAG